UACCCACACCCACACCCACACCCACACCCACACCCACACCCACACCCACACCCACACCCACACCCUCCACCCAUACCAUUCCACAACCAUCCACACUACCCCACUCCACCCAGACCACCUCAUAGCCUCACCCACAUCAUCCCACGCCCACUUACAUCCACACUACCCUACACUCACCCACACCACAUCCACACCGACCGGCACCACCCCGCCUCCACACCAUCCGACACCCGCCAACACCAGUCCACAUCCACAGUCGCCCACGGCACUCCACACUCACCCAUACCACUCCAUACACACCCAAACCACUCCACUUCCAUACCCACCCACUCACUCCACGCCCAAAUCCACACUCAACCACACGGCUCCGCACACACACAACUCCAUAUUUAUAUCCAUACGCACCCACAUCAUUCCGCAUCCACAUCCAUUCACACCGCCCGCACACCACACCACUCCCAUCCACACCACCUGCACACCACACCACCCACAACCCUCCAUAGCCACACCACUAACACCUGCACCACUCUAGACCCACGCCACCCCAUACCCACAUUACUCCUGACCCACACCGUUUACACCAGUCCACAUCCAUACCACCUCAUACCCACACCACCCCAUACCCAAACCCACACUCCACACCACACCCACACACCCACACCAACACCCACACCCUACAUCCACUCACACCCACACUUACCCACACCCCCACAUCCACCUACACCCACACUUACCCACACCCACCCUUGCCCAUACCCACACUCCACACCUACACCCCACACCCACCCCUCACACUCACAUCCACACGCACACCCCAAACCCGCACCCACAUCCAUACAGCCACACUCACAGCCACACCCAUAUUUAUAUCACUCCACAUCCAGUUACGGCAUUCCGCACCGAUGGCCGGGGGACGGGGGAGGAGACGGUUUCUAAAAUUAGUAAAAAUAUUGAUGACGUAGCAUAUGAAUAGUUUUUUAUCAUGUCAUCAUGUAUUAGUAAGUAUAGAAAUAUUAACAAAAUAUUCUAUUCGAUUGCGAAGUUUCUUAUAAUACCUUGUUGUAUUUUUUAUAUUUAAUGCAGAUAUAAAACAUGUUGGUCAUGAUAGUGAUAAAAUAAAUUUAAAUCAAAUUAUUAAUCAUAGUCGAGUUGAUCGAAAUGUAUUUGAACUAAGACUUCGUUAUGUAAAACAAAGAAUCAGUUAUUUAAAUAAAAAACCUGAUGUUGAUGUUGAUUUUGAUGAUCCUAAACAAACUUCAAUUGUUGGUGAUACUACAAUAAUAAUUCGAUAUUGGAUACCAUGGACUGGCCCAACAAAUAAUAAAUAUUUGCAAAUGAAAUAUUCAAAUGCUGAUACAUGUUGGAAUGGUCUAGCCCGAUCAUUUAUAGUUACAUUUGAAUGUGGAAUUGAACAUCAAAUUGUUAAUAUACAUGAACCAAAUCGAUAUCAAUAUACAAUAACAUUCAAAACAACAUUAGUAUGUACUAAAGCUAGUACUGAAGAAUUACUUGAUACACAUGAUGAACUUUAA